AUGAGCAUUGAACAAAUCAGAAGUGAAACUACUAAGGAUGAUACCCUCAGAGCGGUGAUGAAUGCUCUGAAAUCAAGUAUUUGGCCCAAGGAUUUGCUUCGAUAUGAAGCGUUCAAAACUGAAUUAGGAAUAUUUGAUGGAAUUGUGGUUCGUAAUGAACGAAUCGUUCUUCCAGUAGCUCUGAGACCAAAAGCCCUUGAAAUAGCUCAUCAGGGUCAUCCUGGUGUGGUUUCCAUGCGCAGGAACCUUCGGGAGAAGGUAGGGUGGCCAUGCAUGGACCGAGAUGUUGCUGAUAAAGUACAGGAGUGUGCUGGAUGUGCGGCUGUAAGUUCACAGUUUCCUCCAGAGCCAAUGAUACGAAAGCAGAUGCCGGAACGUGCGUGGCAAGAGAUAGCCAUUGAUUUUUUCACCGCAAAAGAGUGUGCCACAUUCUUAGUGAUAGUUGAUUAUUUCAGCCGUUUCCUUAAAGUGGUUGAAAUGAAAUCGACUAAUGCCAUUAAAACUAUAGAGGCUCUUGAUGAGGUGUUUGAUGAACAACUUUACCCGGAAAUCAUUCGCAGUGAUAACGGUCCUCCGUUCUCUAGCGAGGAUUUUACCAAGUACUGCCAAGCUAAGAAUAUUCGACUAGUUCGGACAAUUCCCUACUGGCCACAGAUGAAUGGUCUAGUAGAGCGGCAGAAUCAAGGUAUUCUGAAAGCGUUGCGAAUUGCCAAAGUGACAAAUUCAAACUGGCGGAAGGCUGUAAAGGAUUAUAUCCACAUGUACAAUACAACGCCGCAUUCAGUAACGGGAAAGGCACCAAUGGAGCUAAUGACUGGUCGCCCAGUUAAAGACCUUCUCCCGUCUCUGAGAACUGAUCCUCAUAUGUAUCGUGAAGAAGGAAUACGUGAAAAUGACGCAGUGAAUAAGUUGAAGGGCAAAAGAUACGCGGACGAGCGUAGGCAUGCGAAACUUUCGAACAUAAAUGUUGGAGACCUUGUUAUUAUGAGGAAUCAUGAAACCGGUAAACUUGAACCAAAGUUCAGAUUGAAACAAUUCAAAGUGAUAAAAAAACAGGAAGCGACUGUAUAG